AUGGGGAAACUUAUCAGGAUGGGGACGCAGGAAAGGCGGUUACUCCUGCCAAAACGGCUUCAGUGGAGUCGCUUCCUCUUCCUUCUGGGAAUGUUGAUCAUUGGUUCCACUUACCAGCACCUGGGGAGCCCUCUGGGCCUCCCCUCCCAAUACCCUGUCAAACUGGCCAGCCGGGACCUUCCCAACAGUGAGAUGAUGACAGUGAGCAGUGAACCUCCAAGGGCUAGUUCUGAACUGGAGGGUGAGACCCUGGAACCCCACGGCACAGUGGGCAAGAAGGAAUCAACACCUGGCAGAACGAUGGAGAACACUCUCGAUACACCCAGAAGAAUAGCCAACAUCUCUCCAACAGUGCCUAAGAAUAACUACAGCCCAACUGCAGCACGCACAGAAAGAAUGAAGGAAAACACCCCAACCAGACCAAAUGGAGUACUGACUCACUACACCCCAACUUCAAGCAUAUCAACCAUAAAGACUUAUUCCCCAACAACACCCAAGGGAGAAAUGAAGCAGUUUCACCUAACUCAAGCAAGGGGAAAGGUAAAAAAAUACAUCCAAUCCCCACAGGCCCCAUCCACAUUCCUGACAAUGACAAGAAGCCAUGGGAUCACGCCCAGAACAACAGCGAAAGACGCUGAAACUGUGGCAACCUACAAAAUAUUGGAGACCAGCCCCUCCAAAGGAAUAGUGGAGGAAACCACCCCAACUGCUAAGAGCAUAACUGACAAUACUCCAGCUUCAUUGAUCAAUUACACAGAAACAAACAUCUUGUCUUCUCCUAGGACAACAGUGGAUAAGAACACCCUGACUACCCCCAGAAGAGUGGACAAUAACAGCUCAACCAAUCCUCGGAGGUUAGUGGGAAAGCACAACCUGACGACUUCCCAGGGAAUAGUUUUAGAGCACACUGCAGCCGCCUCUGAUGGGACAAUUAGCACUAGGGUUAGGAAUCCCUCGACCAGAACACCAACGGCUGAAUUAUCCUUAGCCACCUUCUGGGGGCUGGUGAAGAAACCUCCGACAGCACCAAGCACCUCAGCAACCCUUAGCAUCAGGGCAAAUCCGGCCACCCAGGUUCGUCACUAUGUGGAGCCAACUCCAGCCUUGCCCACUACCCCCUCCCCCAGACUGACAAUGGCCCCGCUCUCAGAGGCACCCAGUCCCAGCCCCUCAACACCGCACUCCAGCUGGCGAAACAACCCUCAUGGCGAGUACCCCCCAGACCUGUUCAGCGUGGAGGAGCGGAGGCAGGGCUGGGUAGUCCUGCACAUCUUUGGCAUGAUGUACGUGUUUGUGGCCUUGGCCGUCGUGUGCGAUGAGUACUUUGUCCCAGCCCUGGGUGUCAUCACAGACAAGCUGCAAAUCUCUGAGGAUGUGGCAGGUGCCACGUUCAUGGCUGCUGGAGGCUCUGCCCCCGAGCUCUUCACCUCCCUCAUGGGCGUCUUCAUCUCCUACAGCAAUGUGGGCAUCGGCACAAUUGUGGGCUCUGCUGUGUUCAACAUCCUCUUUGUCAUCGGCACCUGUAGCCUGUUCUCCCGGGAGAUCCUCCACCUCACUUGGUGGCCCUUGUUCCGGGACGUCUCCUUCUACAUCCUUGACCUGAUGAUGCUCAUUCUCUUCUUCCUGGACAGCCUCAUUGUCUGGUGGGAGAGCGUGAUGCUGCUGCUGGCCUAUGCCUCCUAUGUGUUCACCAUGAAGUGGAACAAGAAGCUUGAGCUCUGGGUGAAGGAGCAGCUCAGCAGGAGGCCAGUGGCCAAGGUCGUGGCCCUGGAGGACUUCAGCAAGCCAGGUGAUGGGGCAGUUGCGAUGGAUGAGCUACAGGAUAACAAGAAGCUGAAGCUCCCGUCCGUGCUGACCCGAGGGAGCAGCUCAGCCUCUCUGCACAACAGCACCAUCCGCAGCACCAUGUACCGGCUCAUGCUCCACAGCCUGGACCCUCUGGGGCAAGUACCCUCCGCCAAGAGCAGUGACGAGGAGAGCUUGAUUCAGGAGGCCAAAUCCAAGCCUCAGGCCAAAGCAGAGAGCAAACCAGAAGAGGAGGAGCCAACCAUGCUCCCUGCGGUCAAGGUCACAGCAGCCCCUGCUCCAGACGUCAAGGGAGAUCAGGAGAAGGAUCCUGGCGGUCAGGAAGGAGAUGUGGCUGAAGCUGAGAGCACAGGUGUAAUGACAGGCAAAGAGGUUGAAGCUCCUGGUGAAGGUGAAAAUGAAGGUGAAACUCAGCUAGAAGGUGAAGGUGAAACUGAAGCAGAAGGGAAAGGAGACAAUGAAGGUGAAGGUGAAAUCCAAGCAGAAAGAAAAAGAAAUGAUGAAAGUGAAGGUGAACUCCAAACGGGAGAUGCUGGUGAAGUGAAAGGAGACACUGAGGAGCAGGGAUUCAAUGCUGGAAGUCAAGGUGAAACCAGUAGUGAUGAGAAAGGUACAGAUGGCGAGGGGGGAGGUGAUGGAGGUGAUGGUGAACAUGAAGAGAACAAGAGAAAAGUCCAAGCAGGGAUUAAAGAAAAUGAUGAAGGUGAAGGUGAACUCCCAGCAGAAGGAGAAGAUGGCAAAAUGAAAGGUGAUGGUGAAACCAAAGAGCAGGACUUCAAUGUUGAAAGUCAAGGUGAAGCCAAAAGUGAUGAGAAAGGUAGAAAUAGUGGAGGAGGAGGUGAUGGAGGUGACAGUGAAGAGGAAGAGGAAGAGGAAGAGGAAGAGGAAGAAGAGGAGGAGGAGGAGGAGGAAGAGGAAGAAAACGAGGAGCCUUUGUCCCUGGAGUGGCCUGAGACCUGGCAGAAGCAGGCUAUUUACCUCUUCUUCCUGCCCAUUGUGCUCCCGCUGUGGCUGACGGUGCCCGAUGUCCGGAGGCUGGAGUCCAGAAAGUUCUUUGUUUUCACCUUCCUGGGAUCUAUCAUGUGGAUAGCCAUGUAUUCAUACCUUAUGGUGUGGUGGGCUCACCAGGUUGGUGAAACAAUAGGGAUUUCUGAAGAGAUUAUGGGUUUGACGAUCCUGGCAGCAGGCACAUCAAUUCCUGACCUCAUCACCAGUGUGAUUGUUGCCCGGAAAGGCCUGGGAGACAUGGCCGUGUCAAGCUCUGUGGGCAGUAACAUAUUUGACAUCACCGUGGGAGAAGAAGAAAGCUGUGAAAUGUUUCAGCAUGGUGAUAUUCACUAA